UGUAAGCCACUGUACUUAGUCCAUUUUUAGUUGUUCCAUUUUUGACGAUUUUUAAAAUUCAUCACAUUUAAUUCCAAUUUCGACAAGGUUAUUAACGCUAUUUGAACGCAUGUUUUUAGGAAACUAAUGUGCAUUUGAUGUAUUCUACAAUAACCAAAGAAUGUACAAUAAAAGUUCGUUUUAAUGCUCUAUUAUUUGGCUCUGAGUUAUACGCAUACGUUUCAAACAAUUUUCAGAAUUAUUUAUUUUUAUACAUCUGAGAACAUAAAACUAACUACCCAAAUCCAUAAGCACUUGUAAAUAAAAAGACUUGAAGAAAAAGUCGAACAAGGUAAUAUUCUAAUAUAUACAAUUCAAUCAAUAAAUCAGUUUAAACCCUGAGCUGUGUAAUUUUGUAAUACGCAACCGAAAUUACUUCUUUGAACAACUAAAAAUGUUUUAAAAACAAAUUAAAAACAAAUUAAAUACGCUGCGAGGGAAACAAUGCCAUAAGUGAAAUGUACAGUUCGAGUGGAUCAUAUUCUUCGCCGCAAGAUGAUGUUCCGAAUGGAGGAGCUCCCCCAUCCAGGCGUUUUCGUGACAAAAUUCCAGCGCGUUUGGUGCUUUAUUUCCUUUCGUGGUCUGGCUUUCUGGUCUCUUUUAUGAUGCGCAAUGAUAUGAAUUUCGCAUUGGUAGCAAUGGUAUCGAACGACAAUUCAACACAAACGCAAACGCAGGAAAUAUUGGGUAGUGGCACUGAUGACCAAAGAACAGUAGUUAAAUCUGUUAUAAUAAGUUCAUUCUAUUGGUGUUAUGUGUUAUCCCAAGUGGUUGGAGGGGUUGCCACAGAAUUGUUUGGAACGAAGUGCGUAUUUGGAUGGUCACAGUUAGCAACAGCUAUAUGUAGUUUUAUGAUGCCAUCGGCAGCACAAUUACAUUACAUAGCUGUUAUUGUGUUACGGUCUAUUCAGGGAUUUGCCUCUGGUUUGACGUGGCCUGCCAUGUAUGCAAUAGUUGGAUAUUGGAUACCCCUUACGGAACGUUCACGAUUUAUGUCAAGCUUUCAAGGUUUUAGCAUUGGUAUUGGUUUAACGUAUCCGUUAUGUGGAUUUAUUUUAUCAGAAUGGGGUUGGCCAUAUAUUUUUUAUACUACUGGUACAUUAGGGCUCGGAUGGUGUAUACUAUGGUAUUUACUAGCUUUUAAUACACCACGCGAGCACCCUCGUAUUGCUGAAGAUGAAUUAAAUUAUAUAGAACUUAACGUAAGAAAAGAGGCAAGCAGUAGUGUCGAAGUUAAAGUACCUUGGCUGCAAAUAUUUAAAUGCAUACCUGCUUGGGCGAUUGCUGUAACAACAUUUGGGCGAAUAUUUGUUCAUUACAUUUUUAUUGUUAAUGGUCCGACAUUUAUGGGAAAUGUUUUAAAAUUUAAUUUUGAAACAAAUGGAUUUCUUUCUGGAGUUCCAUUUAUUUGCUCAUAUAUAUCAUCAGUUUUUUUUUGUUAUAUUGCCGACAAAAUUGUAUUUCAUAAGGUUUUGAAUCUUACUAAUGUAAGAAAAGUAUUUACUGCUCUUUCACAAAUUAUUCCAGGGGUGUUGAUAUACUGUAUCGGUUAUAUAGACAAUGUGCACAUUUUGUUGACGGUAUGGUUUAUAGCGGUAAUAUUUAUAACUGCAUCUUAUGCUGGAGCUAUGGCUAAUAUAAUUGAUUUAGCGCCAAACUAUGGUCAUUCCGCAGCUGUUUUAGCAUUUUGCCAAACAAUUCAUAUGUCUGCGUCCUUUAUAUCUCCGCUGACGACUGGAUUUAUCGUCACCCAAGAGGACUCCAUUGAUCAAUGGCGAAGAGUGUUUGAGGUGUCCGCAAUUAUUUCAAUACUGACGUAUCUAGUUUAUCAACUUUUCGGCACCGCAGAAAUACAGACAUGGAAUAAAGGGCUACCAGUUAAAGAUGAUUCAGACGAAGGAAAGGUUUUAUCGACAGCAAAGGAUGAUUUCGAUAAUACUGUUGGACCAAUUUAAAGAUAUCGCACUUAGUAUAAAGACCUGUUUAUACCAAAUUUGAUAUACUGUUAUAUGUUUCCUGUUAUAGUAAUAAAAUAUCACAAAUAUUUUAAAGC